AAAUAAAGUUUGUUUUGAUUUUUGUUGCGUCCUUUCGCGAAGCAAGUUUCGGCGAAUCAAAUUUUCGAUUUUCUUCGUUCGGAUUGUCCUGCCAAUGGCACACAGUGGGGGAACCCCGUCCGUAAUGGACAACAGCACGUACUACGGCCAGGACGAGCUAGAUGCCUCCGACGAUUCCGGCGCGGACCAGGUGCUGAAGCCGGGUUUGCCACUGCGCGAGCAGGACCGCUUCCUGCCGAUCGCCAACAUUACCAAAAUCAUGAAGAAGGGCAUUCCGGCGAACGGGAAGAUCGCAAAAGAUGCGCGCGAGUGCGUUCAGGAGUGCGUGUCGGAGUUUAUUUCGUUCAUCACGUCCGAGGCCAGCGAGCGGUGCCAUUUGGAGAAGCGCAAGACCAUCAACGGGGAGGACAUUCUGUGUGCCAUGUACACGCUGGGCUUUGACAAUUACGUCGAUCCGCUGAAGGAGUAUUUAACGAAGUACCGAGAGAGCAUAAAAGCGGAACGAUCAAGCCCGGAACAAACGCCGGAGCACCAGGAGCAGUACGAAGUUAUCAAUCAGGACUUUAGCUCGGUGCAACCGUCCAACUCUUCCGCCACCGUCGCGACCGCGGACGUGCUCUACCAGAGCUCGGAUGGGACGUACUUUUUGAAAAGCAACUCGUUUCAGUAGAUUCAACGAGGAUUUUCGUCGUAUCGUGUGUUAGGUAGCUUAGUCGGUAAGUUUAAU